GCAGAUUAUAGGACGGACGGCAAUGGCACAUUUGAGUGUCACAAAUGAGUAGUAAAAAUUAACAGCUUUUCGAGACAUAUUUUACGUUUAUUUAUGUAUUUUUCAUUAUUUUUAAAUAUUAUAAAUGUGGCACCCUCAGUGUUUGUAGCAUAGCUGUAACAUGUAACUGUUAUUAACAUUCAAUCACGCAGUGGCUCUUACAUGUAAUGACUCCUGAAUGUCAUAUAAAGUCAACUAAGAUUCAUUCCCAUUGCUCAUUACAGUCAAGUGAACAUCAUUCUGCUGCUCUGGUCUCAAGAGCUACUCUGACCAAAUGGCUGUAUCGAGGAGAGCAUUUUAUGGUGUCAUUCACAGGCAGCCACUGUUAUUUCCAUCCACUCUCAGAUGUUCAGCUAUACUGAGCACCAGGAGCAUCUAUGAGCGAGAUUACCGCAGACCGGGUCAGCCCCCAGACACCCGUUGGCCUUGGCAAAAGAUACACUUUGAUUUCUCCAAAGGUGUGGAGGGUAUCAAGAAGCACAUUGGGUUGUUGAAGGAUGAGUUUGUCCAGCGCUGGACUGGACCGGAAGGAAGGCCUUUACUAGAGCACAUGCUGGAACAGACCCGUGUCCAGUGGGAGUUCCGUGGGCCGGAGAGUCUCGAUGAGUGGGUCGUGUCAUCUGAUCAGGAGAUUGGGGGCCACAGUGUGGCAUACAUCAAACUGGGAAAGAACAACACCACGUGUUUUCUGUACGGAACUUUGUGCUCAACGCCUCCCCGUGAUGGAGAGACUCGAUACAGUGGAUACUGCACUCUGCGCUCCAAACAACCAUUGGCCUCAUUUGACAGAAAAAAGCACUACGACUGGUCAAGUUUCAACACAUUACAUAUGCGUAUCCGCGGAGAUGGAAGACCGUGGAUGGUAAACGUGUCCGCUGAGACCUUCUUUUCUCAUCAGAGAGAUGACAUCUACAGUUACUUCCUCUACACUAGAGGGGGACCCUACUGGCAGGAUGUUAAGAUCCCUUUCUCCAAGUUUUUCCUUUCCAGUCGGGGAAGAAUACAGGAUAACCAGCAUGUCCUCUGGUUAGAUAAGGUAAAGAGUAUUGGUUUCACAUUGGGGGACAAAGCAGAUGGCCCAUUUCAGCUGGAGAUUGACUUCAUUGGUCUGUGUAACGACCUUGCCCACACAGAGGAGUUUGCAUAUGAGCUUUACAAGAGAAACCCUGAGGUCUAAUUGGAUUAGAGGAUUCAGCAAUCGCAGAUAACAAACACAGUGUUUUAUUAAUAAAAACUUUGAGAAAAAAAAGUCAUUGGAUGUAUUUUUUUAAAGGCCGGAUGUCUUUUACACAUACACAUAUAUACACAAAAAAAUGACAUGAAAGACAUAGUACAAAAUGAUAAUUUAUGAAUAUCGCUCAAGUUCAAAUAGACAUUUUGUGUGACCAACGUUUAGAGUGACUACUGUUUUUAUCCCAGCACAGAUGUAACCAUUCAUACUAAAUACAAUUUAUCAGGGCAUCUCUUCACACAUACAUCGAAAACAAUGUUUAAAAGUAUAAAAUCUAUAAAAUGGAUAAAAAAAAAAGAUUUUGUUUGAUUACCUCACUGUAAAUUAACAUAUGGUAAUAAACAAGUCGUUACAGAAGAGUAAAAAUGUA